ACACCCUCCUCUCUUUCUCUCUCCUUCACUGGCAUUAUUCCUCUCAGUCUGGCUCAGCGUCGCUCCAGCAUUCACUAGCUCAAGUCAUAUUUUUUUCAUUAACAAAAAGGUCAGUCCUCCCCUUGUGAAGAGUCCAGCACGGUUUGGUGGUGAUCGAUACGUCAAGAUGUCCCUCCCGUUGGCAGUGGUGAUAUGUCUGUCAGCCAUCCAGCUGUGUUUGGCAGAGCAGCCUGUGGAGGAAGUCGUCACAACAAAAAAAGCGCAUCUGCUGGGCGGCUGGUUUGAAAAGAGUCUGGAGUCGGCUGAGGUUCAGGAGGCGACUCAGUAUGCUGUGACGAUGUACAACACUCACUCCAAGAGCAAGAAGAUGUUCAAGCUGGUCUCCAUCUCCGGCGCUCAGGCACAGGUGACAAAUAAGAUCAACUUUAAAAUUGAUGCGGUCCUGGGAAAAACCAAGUGUCUUAAGAAAGAAAACCAUGACCUGAACAGCUGCAGUCUUGAGAAAAAGCAUCUGAAGUGCUACUUUGAGGUGGCGUACAACCCCCGCAACAACAAACAUGAGCUGCAGGCAUCCAAUUGCAGGAAAAUUGUGGAAAAGGUUUAACUUUUUAUUUGCUUAGCUUUUUUUGAAGUUUGGCUCUAUAACUUUGAAUACCUUAUUGCAUUUUGAUAUAAUAUUGAUGGGUUUUAAAUAUUUUGCAGCUGAUUUUUAGUGCUGAAUGUGUGGUUUGUAACAAAGA